AUGAACGAUACCGACGUCAACAACAAGUACGACCGCCAGGUGCGGCUGUGGAACGUGUCGGGACAGCGGCGACUGGUUGACUCGCGCGUGUGUUUUGUCGGGGCGUCGCCCGUGGCGUGCGAGACGGCAAAGAACCUUGUUUUGCCCGGAGUGGGAAAGCUUGUGUUUGUGGACGAUCUGGCUGUGGACAGCAGCGACUUGGCGGCCAAUUUCUUUCUGCAGGAGUCGGAUUUGCACAAGGACCGGGCCCGGUGUGUUUCUGAUCGUCUGGGCGAGCUCAACGCCGACUCCUCCUUGGAACAUGUGAACACACCCUGGGACCAGCUGAUCCAGGACAAAGGGUUCUGGAAACAGUUUGACUGCGUGGUGAACGCGCGACUGGACCCAGACACCGAUCUGAUCGACGUUCUGUGGCAAUUGGGCGUUCCCCUUGUUCAUAUCCACGCCACGGGGGUGUAUUCUCUGGUAAGGGUGUAUUCUUUGGAACGGACGAUAGUGGAGACCCAUGCGACGCGCGCGGACGAUUUCCGGCUCGACGCGGCGUGGCCCGAGCUGCAGACGUACGUGGACUCGAUCGACUCGCACGCGGCCGCAGAGGUGCCCUACAGCGUGCUGCUGAUCAAGACGUUCCAGGAGCUCGAGAAAAAACUCGGCCGCAGACCAACCACGCGCGAGACACGCGAACGGCUGCGCGAGCUCGGCGACGACGACAACGUGCUGGAGGCCGUCAAGAAGGCGGCGCUCGUGGGGAAAGAAUCGCACACUCUGGACGACCGCACGCGGCAGCUGCUGGCCCAGAAGCCCAGUCUUGCUACAGCAACCAUGUUCUGGGUAUUGGUCGAGGCGUUGGACAGAUUCUACCAGAAACACCGUCUCCUGCCGCUAAACGGCUCGCUGCCAGACAUGACCAGCAACACAGACAGAUACCUCGAGCUCCAGGACAUUUAUAGAGCAAAGCACGACGCCGACAAGACAGAGCUACGCGGGCUGGCUACACAGGUGCUGGCAGAACACGACCGGGCCAACGAGACCGUGACAGACGCGGAAAUGGACCUGUUUGUCAAGAAUUGCAACGUCCUGGAGGUCCAGCGCGGGUCCAAGAACGUGUGGGACCCCAAGACGCUCGAGGACGAGAACUCGCCCGUGCUACAGAACAUCAACAUCUACUUUGGGUUCCUCGCGCUGAACGCGUUCCACAAACAGCACGGCCGGUACCCGACGCCUGCGGACCAGGCCGAGGUGCGCUCGUGGUCGAUCUCGGAGCUGUGCCGUCACCGCACGGUCAAGUCGUUCCCCGACGGGCUGGAGCACGUUUUGGACGAGCUGCUGCGUGCCAAGGGCGAGGUGUUGCACAACGUGUGUGCGCUGACGGGAGGAAUCGCCGCACAGGAGAUCAUCAAGGUGCUCACCAACCAGUACGUCCCGCUCAACAACACGCUCACCUUUGACGGCAUCCGCGGCCAGACAGGCACCUGGAAGAUCGACUAA